AUGAGUAGAUACUAUUCACUUGAACACAACCCUGAUGCGAUCCCUCCUAAUGAUACCAUCCAUUGUCUUACUUUUGGGUGCAGAAUGCAAGUUGCAUCCUUCAACGAUUAUAUUCCGAUGUCUCGAUCAAGAGGAAUAGGGCUCUUUAAUUCGGUGAUUAAUGUUGAUGUACCAGACAACGUGAGUAAUCAUCUUGGAACUACCGUAGCCAACACUUACUGUAGCCAAUGUGAUAAGAUGAUCGGGUGGAAAAUUAUUGCAGUCACCCAACCGUCCGAGUAUAUUACACAAGGGAGAUUCUGCAUGAGAUUGGACAAGCUUAGUUUUUCGAAUUGUGUACCGAUGAUUCUUUCAAUCCAGGAACAAAAUUUCCGGGCUAAUGAGGAAAAUGCAGAUCAAGAUGCAGACACAACUGAUGGAGAUGGAGACUCUAAUGAUCCAGAUUUAGGCCCUAAUGACCAAAAUGAUGAUCAAGAUUUAGGCGCUAAUGGGCAAAAUGAUGAUCAAGAUGGAGACUCUACUGAUCAAGAUGGAGACACAGCUGAUGAAGGUUUAGGCGCUAAUGAACAAAAUGUUGAUCAAGAUGGAGACUCUACUGAUCAAGAUGGGGACACAGCUGAUCAAGGUUUAGGCGCUAAUGAGCAAAAUGUUGAUCAAGAUGGAGACUCAGAUGAAGAAUAUGAUGGCGCUAUUUCUAGUUACUUGAUGCAUGUCCUCAGUCAAAAAGCUAAUCAAGAUGGAGGUGCUAAUGAGCAAAAUGCUGAUCAACAUGUAGGAGCUAAUGAGCGAAAUGCUGAUCAACAUGGAGUCGGUAAUGAACAGAAUCAAGAUGAAGACCUUAAUGAGCAAAAUGUUGAUCAAGUUGUAGGAGCUAAUGAGCAAAAUGCUGAUCAACAUGCAGUCGGUAAUGAACAGAAUCAAGUUGAAGACCUUAAUGAGCAAAAUGUUGAUCAAGUUGUAGGAGCUAAUGAGCAAAAUGCUGAUCAACAUGCAGUCGGUAAUGAACAGAAUCAAGAUGAAGACCCUAAUGAGCAAAAUGUUGAUCAAGUUGUAGGAGCUAAUGAGCAAAAUGCUGAUCAACAUGCAGUCGGUAAUGAACAGAAUCAAGUUGAAGACCCUAAUGAGCAAAGUGCUGAUCAAGCUGUAGGAGCUAAUGAGCAAAAUGCUGAUCAACAUGGAGGCGGUAAUGAACAGAAUCAUGAUCAAGAUGUAGGCGCGCCAACUAAACGAAUGAAGACAUAG